UCUAAAAUUGAACACUGUUGUUCCUUUUUAAGAUCAAAUGUUUAAUCCAAUUCAUAAUCAGCGAUUGAAGCUCGUGUUCUGUGCUUUUAUUUCCAUGUUCGCGGUUGAAGAUGUAGUGGUAGUGCGCUCUUCUUCUGGUUAAAAGUUGAUUUUCUUAGUUAAUUGCAAGAUACUCUAGCGUUCUAAGGAGGAAUUCUUCCCGGGAAUGGAAAAUGGCACGGAAUAAACCUGGAAGUAGGCGGGAACGGAGGAUGGCACGGAAUAAAACUGGAAGUAGGCGGGAAGGAGGAUGGCACGGAAUAAAACUUGAAGUAGGCGGGAACGGAGGAUUGCAUGGAAUAAAACUGGAGGUAGGCGGGAAUGGAGGAUGGCACGGAAUAAAACUGGAGAGUGUAGAUAUGAAAAAACCCGUGGCAGGUGUGGAAUGCUGUCUCAAUCCCAAGUCUUUUGACGUAAGCUGGUGUUAGCGAAUGACAUCUUUAGCACUUUCCGCAUGUUGAAUGACACUUGUCAAGAACCAGUCAACUCGUUUGCCAUGUUUACUUUAUAGUUGGUGUUCAACUCGAAUGAGACUUUCAAUGGCUAGCCCCUGCGCACUCUGGUGUGGCUUUCUGGCAGCAUCGAUGAUCAUUUUCAACAACGUUAUACUUACAGUUGUUAAUGGGGCGUCUGACGAUUGUGAUUGGCUUGGAAGUGGACUAACUCAAGGCGAACGGGGAGUCCAGGCUGUGUAUCUACGAUGCGCGCAAGGUCGUAUUGAAUGGAAGUAUCCGCGAGGGGCGCUGAGAGUCGUUUUACGUCAUGGAACUUCCGGGAAAGAAUUUCGUGGUUGUUUGCGGGUUAGUAAAAAUUUCAAAGGCAUCCAAAUUUACGUGGAAGGACACAGAAGACUACAUUUAUUAUAUAGUAAAACUGAUAAAAAACACCCAGAACUCUUACGAUGUUUUAAUUCCUACCACGGCCAGGUGGCGCUGUAUGUGGAAGCGGUGAUGGUCUUUAAUACAAUUCAGAAAGGGUUAGCAAGGUUCUACUACGAUCUUCAACCUGUUUCAACAGAAGCCUUAUGGGAUGACUUGGAUGUCUGUCGUCCAUGUUCAGAAGAAGAAAUGCUCAGGUACUACUGCACCAGUGACUUUGUUUUACAAGGAAAAGUUAGUAACCUGAACCACAACAAAGCCCUCCAGCAGUCAGAAUUAACAGUUCAAAUAACAAGAAUAUAUCGAGAUAGCCACGAAUCUAGGCUUUUUAAUUCCGCCCAAGGCAAUAACAAGGAGACUGUUCUUCGUAGACCACUUAAGUGCGCUACUAAAACAGGAGUUGGUGAAUAUGUUUUUUUCUCUAGAUGGACUUUGGAGAAAAUGAUCGUUCAAUGUGCCCCUCGGUUAUCUGAUUGGAGAAAAGUAAGGAGAAAAGCGUUAAAGGAAAGAAGUAACCAGUGUCAGUUGGGUUGAAAGUUGUAUUUGUUGUGGUUUUUCUUCUUCUUUUGUUUUAUUACACAGGAUGCCAAAAGUAUUUGUCUGUGAUUAUGGAGAAGUUAAAAACGUCGCUUCGCCGUUUUGAUUGUUGAUUUGGGUCUUAUUUCUAUUGUGAGUGUAAAAUGGUGUAUAUAGUUUUUACUGAUCUCACGCGUAAGUUUAUAGAGGUUUUUAGUUGUGAAGUAGAUGCUUUGCAAAUUAAGGUAUUACUUAUUUUUUUUUAGAGAGAGAAAAAAAUGUACGUAAGGUAUUUUUAUUAGUGUACAUAUCUUCAAAAAUUUAUGUAGCAUUGGAUCUUUAAAAUUUUUUGUCAGUAGUCGAUAGGAAAAAAAAAGUUUUAUAUCGACGUGGUAUUUACUUUAGACAACUAGAAAAAUUUGUUUGAUUUACAACGUGACAGAUGUUAUCACUGAUUAGCCACUGUAUAUUUUUCGAUACUUUACGUCGUAAUUUUCAUGUUUAUUAUAUAAAUAAUUAGACAGCGUUGACAGAGCCCAGGAAAGGAAGAGGAAAGUAGGUAGGGCUAUUUUCACACCGAGAAAGAAAUAUAAUAUUUGAGGGUUCUAUACGUAGAUGAGCAAAUGAUUUAAUGUAUAGAAACUUGCCAAUUUAAAUACAAAAAAAAAUAAAAAAAUAUUUAAAAUUGUUUGAUCGAAAGUAUUAAUAUUAUCAUAUUUUAAACUUAAAAUAGUUUAUAGCAUUCUAACUUCACAAGAACAAAAUAUGUUGAAAAUAGCUUAGUUAAGCCUAAACCGGCGGAAGAUCAGAGGUAUAUGUACUUUUAAAUUGAAAAAGUGCUAGGCUUUAUAUUACUUUUAAGUUAUAAAAUGAUUGAUUAACACAAUGAAUUAUCAAGUACUUAUAAAACUAUAAUGUGAAAUUGGUGCUGUGAUUGUGUAAAACAAACUGUUCAAUUAAAAUUAAAUCAGUUUUGUUUUUUGUGAAAUUAUGCCACUUAAUGCUUAUCUCUACGAAUUAAGUAUUUUAUUUCAAAUUUCAGUGCAAUGUUUCGAAAUAUUUUAUUGUUUUUUUAACGAUUUCAAAAAUGUAGAGAUAUUUUAUUUAAAAGUUAGUUAUUUACGAAUUAUACUUUUGCAAGUAUGGUUUCUCUUUUUCUUUACUUUAAGCCAUUUUACGAACUUGAAGUCCAUGUUUGUGUAGAAUAAAAAACAUGUUGAAAUAUGAACCUUACGUCAUUGAACAAAAUGUUCAUCUAUUAAGAAAAUUGGAAUGUUAUUCAUGGACAUUUUAACAUGUCUAAACAAAAAUCACCUGAGUGACAACUACAUGACUAGGUCUUCUGCGCUCCAACUUCUCUGUAAACAUAUAGGUAAGUCAUAGUGAUUCACCCGAAUACCUAGAAUACUAAUUCUGUUGCAUUCCAUGCAAAGCGAAUUCUGUAUGAGGACUUAAUGUCACUUAUGCCGUAGUAACGAUGGUUGACGCUAUGAAUAUUUAUAAUAUUAUAUUGAUAUAAUGAUCAUGCGUAGAUUUGAAGAAAAGUAUCUUGUGUUACUUGUAGUUUCGUUUUUCUUUACUGGGCAGUUUGUUAAGGCCCACGUUGUACAUAUGUAUGUAUAUAUUCCAUGCAUAUAUAUGUUUUUACAAAAUAUUUUGUCUCUACUCAACAAGAAAACACAUCUUUGUUUGCAGUUUUAAGUGAUAAAUAACUUUGAUAUUUUAUUAAAUUACGUAUAUAUUGAUUAUAUAUUUGUUACAUUGAAAUUAAAUAAACCAUAAUAUGUAGAUACUAGCUUACGAAAACGAUUUUUUUCCACAAUGUCUUUGAAAUUUCAAAUGGCUACAUCAACAGGAACAUUGUUUGUACUGGGAAUAUACGUUAAUCUUCUCGUGACUUUCGUGGGGGAAAAAUAAUAUGCCAGGCUUAUAUGAACACCUCCCACAACAAAUUUAUCUGACACACAUGUCGGGCUUACAAAUUUACUUACGUAUAAAUGUUUAAGUUUGUAAAAUCCAUACCAUCUGCUCAUAUACCAAGAAAUGUACAUAUACGUAACCUUCAAAUUACCGACUUGUUGCGUAACACCGAGUAAGUUUAGUAAUGUUUUUGCUUAUUACAGCAUCAAGUAUAAAAUCCUGACCAGAAAAAUAAGUUGUUCAUUUUCUAUUAAAAAAACAACAACAUAAAAUAAGCGACUUUAUAAGAUGUGGUUUAUUGUAAUAUUGAUGGUAUUUUUUGUUCCUAUUUUUUAUGUGAUUCGUUGUUAGGGAACCUUGUAACAAAGUUACGAUCAACAAACUAUUCAGUGCAUACAUAGUUUAUAAAUAUGUUUUUAAAAAGCUGGUGAUGGGUCUAUGGACCCUAUUGGUAAUUCCAGUGUUAAAUGUUUGGGUUUGCCCUUCUACCAUAAACACUAAAAACUUCCACAAGUGAAAUGCACUUAUUUUCAUUAUGGUUACUGUGUUUUAGCCACAAAAAAACUUUCUGUCGUCCACGCACUGAUCCAUACUAAUAACCUAUAAUUAUAAGAGUUACGUGGGACAUCCCUUAGUUAUUACAAAUAAUGUACAGACUUAGUUUGACUUAUUUACCAAAGAACUAAGAUGCGAUCUAAAAACCUAUUUCAUAAAGAGAUGGUGGAUUGUGCGUAAAAAGAUUCAUUUGGUCAAUAGUCAUAUAUACAUGUAGUAGACUUGCAUGUAAACGUUGAAGUAGCAGAAUAUGAUGAUUUGUUUAAAUUCAGAAGUGCUUUGUUUCAAUCUACGCAUCUGUAUAGUGUUAUCUGUUUUUUUAACGUUUUCUAUUGAUACAGAAGUUGACAAUAAAAAGUUGGUUUAAGAAUUA